GAAGGGCAGUGAGCGGGUAAACGGGCUGCAGGCAUUACGAGCCGCGAAUGUCAGGGGUAAUCCCUCCAAGACACCCAUGGCAGAAGCAAGGCACUGCAAGCGCCGAGCACGUAGUGGCACUUCUGUCCAUACGACUAUGAUACCUAAUAUGUUGGUGCAUCGAUGGCAUGCUAGCAAACUAGAGCCGAUUGGCAACAUCUUGGUCAUCCCCCCCUGGCGAUACUCCGUACACGUGCGAUGUAUACAACCCCAUCUCCUCGAAAAGACGGCACAUAGGCUACAACUGCUGGAUUGGGCGGAUGGGGUCCGGAUCGACCCCCGUUCUUCCCGGAUUUGGACGUCUCCUCCGACGUCCGCCCAGAGGUUUUACGGCUCCACGAUGGAGAAGCAUCGUUGCAGUGCAAUCUCUGCCCGCGCUCCACCAUGAACAUGAAGCAGACGGUUGUUUUCGACUGCUCCAGGCCGUUCGUUCUUCUUGGCUUCUUGCGUCGGAAGAAGCCGGUCGGGCACCUUCUGUUUCCGCCCACCUCCGUCAUUCAGAACCGUGGAAACCACCCUCCCCCAUCCCCUUGCUGUUGUUGCGUUCGUCCGUUGAUGGUUCCGAUCAUUUCUUGUGGCUUCUUCUUGCAAGCUCCCCUGUAUGGGAACCUAGCCCGUCGGAAUUCCUCCCCUUCCCCACAGUACCCAAAACGUGUGUCUGCAUGGCGAGUUGGCUGAAGAAGCAGAAAGGCCCAGCUAACGGUCUUGAUAUCCGUGGCCGACUGGGAUCCCGGAAGAGGCAACCUUGUUCCGGCCACGGAAGUUGAGCGACUGGGGACAGCACGAUUGCCAAAAACAGGAAUUGCGGUACUUCAACGGAUGAACUAGUGUUUCUGUCGCUGCUCCUGGGUACUGCGGGCUGACAAACAGAAACACGAUGCCACCCCU